GUAAGAUAUGCAUGUUAAUGCUAUAGUUAGAUUUUGUGAACUCUCAAUUAUGACUUGCGCAAGUGUAAGAAAGAAACAAUUCAAAUAAAUAAUAAGACUUCUUAUUUCCCAUUGCGGAAAUGCAACAUGUUAAUUUUAAAAACUUUUAAAAUAAGCAAAUUAAACUAAGAUUUGUUCUUCUUUUGAUAACUGAUAAUAGAGUCUCAAAUAGGAGUUUGCGAAAUUGAAUUUGGGAUCUCCUGAUUUUAAGUUUGGUCAUCAUCUUUUUAUUUUCGAAACUGUAUUCUGAUCCAAAGUUUCGAAGGAGGCGAAUGUUGUUUUUCGAUGGUCGGAGGCUGUGCACCAUAUUUAUUUCAAGGUUUCUCAACAAGAUUUUAAAUAUUCAAGAAUUCUAUGAGUUAACACUGCUGGAUGACUCAAAGACAAUACAGCAGAAGACAGCCGAAACGUUGCAAAUCGCCAGCAAAUGGGAACAGGAUGGCCAUGCAAUAAAAAUCGCUGAUUUUAUGAGAAAUUUUAAUCGAAAUUAUGCAUUUGCCACGGAACCAAUAUCCGAUCCAAAACAAUUACAAUCGAUAAAUCCGCUCGGCGAUGGCACUGGUGUGGAUGAGUUGCUGUUG